CAAAACUUCUUUUUCUGUUCUUAGAAUUAGAAAGGGGAAGUUUCAAUGGAGUCUCUGUGAAACGCCAUUGUUUUCUCUCAAGAGCCAAAGACGAUGAGAUGUUGUAAAGCAAUAAUUAGGAUUCUCCUGUUCUUUGCCACCUUCUUCAGAUGCACCAUCAACCCCACACUUUGCUUCGAUUUUGACUUCCCAUUCUUCGAUGACGAUAGUGAUACUGAGCUCAUUCUGAGUAACAAUGUUCGCAUCUUCGACCGCGCACUUCGAGUGACGCCAGACAUAGGAGGAGCUUCGGUCUCCAAUGAAUAUGGAAGGGCUGUUUACAAAAGGCCAUUCAAGCUGAAAAACAAUGGUAAAGUCAAUUCUUUUGCCACCAGCUUCGAGUUUGACGUCAGCCCACAAACGUUGCCUGAGGGUGGUGAAGGGCUGGCGUUCAUACUCACUGCGGAACCUUCUCCUCCUGCCAGCAGCUAUGGACAGUGGCUGGGGAUUGUCAACGCCUCAACUAAUGGAACGUCGAAUGCGAAAAUAGUGGCUAUCGAAUUUGACACAAGGAAGAACUUCCCACAAGACAUUGAUAGCAACCACGUGGGCUUAAACGUAAACAGUGUCUACUCCAUUGCUCAACAGCCAUUACUGGGGUUUGGCGUUAAUCUUUCAUCCGCCAACUUUCUUUAUGGGACUAUCGUAUUUGAUGGGAACAACGUUUCUAUCUAUGUUACCACGUCCAUCUUCAAAGAGGACCAACUAAAAAAUCUCGUCAUUUUUCAACCCUUGGACCUCUCCAUCCUCCCAGACGACAUUUUCGUGGGCUUCUCAGCUUCAACAGGCAAUUAUACGCAGUUGAAUGGUGUGAAAUCGUGGAAGUUCUUCAGCGAAGAUUCUCGCCAAGGAAAAGAAACUCCAGCCUGGGUUUGGCUCAUAGUAGCCGGAGUCGGAUGUGGGGUUGCCCUUGCCUUCUUUGUCUGGGUGCAGAGACCUCGAGUGAAUCAUUUGGAGGAGCCAUACGGAUCAGACAUAGAACAUCAGCUUCAACUUUUAUCCAUAGCCCCACGAGCCAAAAAGUUUGAAUUCAGAGAACUCCAGAAGAUAACAGACAAUUUUGAUCCUAAGAACAUGCUUGGAAAAGGUGGUUUUGGAACCGUUUACAAAGGAAACUUGCUGGAUAAAGAGGUAGCAAUCAAGAGAAUCUCAAAGGAUUCACGUCAAGGGAAGCAAGAGUUCAUUGCAGAAGUGGCUACUAUUGGUAGCCUACAUCACAAAAACCUCGUAAAGCUAACCGGAUGGUGCUAUGAGGAAAGAGAUCUUCUGCUCAUAUACGAGUACAUGCCUAAUGGCAGCUUGGACAAGUUGAUAUUUGGCUACAGUGAGAUGAAUGGAAUGGAUCCUGCACCAAACUGGGAAACUAGACGAAACAUAAUCUAUGGGGUGGCAGAGGCUUUGAAUUAUCUUCACAAUGAAUGUGAGAAAACAGUCCUCCAUCGAGAUAUAAAGGCAUCCAAUGUGAUGUUAGACUCAAAAUUUGAAGCCAAGUUGGGAGAUUUCGGAUUGGCUCGAACAAUAUGUCGAACCGAACAGACCCAUCACUCAACAAGAGCGAUAGCAGGAACACCAGGAUACAUGGCUCCAGAGAUUUUGCUAACUAGUAGAGCUACGAGAGAAACAGACGUAUAUUCCUUUGGAGUUCUUAUUCUCGAAGUUAUAUGCGGAAGAAGGCCUGGGAAUCCAUCUGAGCUUGGUGGCUACAACGGCAGUCUCGCGCACUGGGCAUGGGAGUUUCACAGGGAAGGGAAAAUUGUUGAAGUUGUGGAUGAGAGAAUUGAAGGACAAUUCGUUAAGGAAGAAAUAGAGUUUCCAUUAAUUCUGGGGAUAGCUUGUUGUCAACCUAACCCCAUCCAAAGGCCCACCAUGAAAAUUGCUUUGCAGGUGCUCAAAGGGGAAGCAAACCCACCAAUUUUACCAAAUGAGUGGCCUUCAUUUGUGUGGCCUCCCAUACCCCCAUCAUUCAAAGGAGACGCAAACAACUUACCGGAAGAAGCCCCGCUUACUCUAACAGAACUUACUGGAAGAUGAUAUUCUAAUGAAAGGUUUUGUUCCUCUUCAUGCCCUGACUGUUCUCUCCCUCUUGUCGCCCUUUCAAGGAUUGGGAGUGCUAGUGUUAGAUCCCACAUAAUACUUUUCUCUGUAGCAUUCGACUCUUCUAAUCCAUCCCCACCUAUAUAGUUUAGGGGUAGAAAGUUAAUGGAGAUAAGAUCGAGAGGCUUCAAAACUGAAA